UGCUUUUAAAACCAUCUUUGGCUGAACGCUGCUUUGUUUUACCUCCUUUGCUCCCCUUUCUCUUCCAUCCUGCCAAACAAAGGAAAUAGAAGGAAUUCCGAUUUGCGGGAGACAUGCGUUCCAUCAGGAAGAGGUGGACUAUCUGCACGAUAAGUAUCCUCCUGAUCUUUUACAAGACAAAAGAGAUUGCAAGAACGGAGGGGCACCCGGAGGCGCAACCCAGCGGAGAUGGUGAGCAAAGUAUAAGUAGAUCAAUGGUCAAUAGCUCCGAUAAAAUAAACCAGAAGAGUGGCUCUUCAGUGUUCCAGCAUUCUGUAGAAAGAUGGAAAAUCAAUUCCUCCUUGGUGCUGGAAAUAAGGAAGAAUAUUCUUCGAUUCUUGGAUGCCGAAAGAGACAUCUCAGUCGUCAAAAGCAGUUUCAAGCCUGGAGAUGUAAUCCACUAUGUGUUAGACAGACGCCGUACACUAAAUAUUUCUCGGGAUUUGCAUAGCCUCCUUCCUGAAGUUUCUCCAAUGAAGAAUCGUCGGUUUAAGACAUGUGCUGUUGUAGGAAAUUCUGGCAUCCUUCUGGAUAGUGGGUGUGGAAAAGAGAUUGACAACCAUGAGUUUGUUAUAAGGUGCAAUCUAGCUCCUGUGGUGGAGUUUGCUGCAGACGUGGGAACUAAAUCAGAUUUUAUUACCAUGAACCCAUCAGUUGUACAAAGAGCAUUUGGAGGCUUUCGGAAUGAGAGUGACAGAGAAAAAUUUGUGCAUAGACUAUCUAUGCUGAAUGACAGUGUCCUUUGGAUCCCUGCUUUCAUGGUCAAAGGCGGAGAGAAGCAUGUGGAGUGGGUUAAUGCAUUAAUCCUUAAGAAUAAAUUGAAAGUGCGAACUGCCUAUCCAUCACUGAGACUUAUUCAUGCUGUCAGAGGCUACUGGCUAACCAACAAAGUUUACAUCAAGCGACCCAGCACAGGACUCCUUAUGUAUACCCUCGCAACGAGAUUCUGUGAUGAAAUUCACCUCUACGGAUUCUGGCCCUUCCCAAAGGAUAUAAACGGAAAACCAGUCAAAUAUCAUUAUUAUGAUGAUCUAAAGUACAGGUACUUUUCAAACGCCAGUCCCCAUAGGAUGCCGUUAGAGUUUAAAACACUGAACAUGUUGCAUAAUAGAGGAGCACUUAAAUUGACAACAGGGAAAUGUAUACAGCAAUAAUGCACAAGUCAAGUACAAAGAGAAGUACAGGAAAUUCAGAUUUUAUAGAACAGCAAUGGGAUCCAAGCAGUGGAUAUACCCCAGUGCACUGUACCAAGCCAUCAGAGAAUAAGGAAGUGCAUCAAGACUCUAUUACCAGCUAAUGUUUUACCUGUUGAAGUGCUAAAUCUUGAGUGCAAUGGUUCAAGUAAGUGCCACUUUUGCUAAGAACAAAUCUUGAAUGUAUACAAUCAGUAGUGUUUACAAGAUCCAACAAUGCAUUCAUCACUUGUUAAAGAAGCAAAUGAUUUGCUCACUGCUCAUUUGCCUCCACACAAAGUCAGGCGACGUCCAAAGGAAUAUCCAGGCACUGGGAUGUGCCCGUAGAGAAAUGAAAGGAACCAAAAUCAAGGUGGAAUUGGGAGAGCAGUGGAUCAUGUCUCAAAGAUCAAGCAAAACAUCCUUAGUCAGAGGAAUGCCUGGCUUUGUAUUAUAACCCUUUCUUCUUUUUCUUUCCUGUUUUUGAAAUUGUCAUGCAUUUCUCAUGGUGUUUGGGUAUUGGAACUCUGAAAGGGAUUUUGAAAAGACAGUAAUAUGGACAUUCUAAGUGAACUUCAAGAAGUGGUCUUAGAAGAAUGUCUUAUUUUUUAAAAAAAACCUUGAAACUUAAAAUAUGUAUUGUACCAUCUUGUUCAGCUUAAGCUUGGUAUAUGCAUUGCAGCUAAAACAGCCUCCAUGUGAGGCCUUCUUGAGGCUGUAAUAUGCAGAGCCAUUCCCCUGGUUUUGCAGGCCCCGGAAGAUGCUCUAUACUAGCAUUAACCACUGCCAGGAAGAUGUGGAGCUUGCAAGAGUGAUACUUAAACCAUAUAUCCUCCUCUUAUACAGAGUGGACAGUGGUGGAAGAGUCAUCUCAGAGAGGCUGUUUUGAGCAGUAUAACAAGCAGUAUAACUUGACUACUAGGGCUUAGAAUCUCCCAGUUGCUUUAUGUGCUUCUGUUGGAGGGAAUGAUAUAAAUAUCCUUUCAAAUGAAAAACAUCCUUCCUGGUCUCCUCUGUUUUAAAGAAAAAGCAGCUGUGAGGUCCUGAUCCAGAUGGCAUGUAUAUUCCAGGUUUGGGCUCAUGCAUCUACUUUCAAAUAUUAUUUGCCUCAAACAGCAACAAAAGGAAAGAUUUUCAAAGGGAGGUUGGCUUGUACCCUGGAAUCUGAUUGGGAACACGUCCUGGCUCAGGGCUUCACAUGGCUUUCUCUUCAAACUGCCAUGUUAAAAACAACUAUCUUAAGCAUGUUUUUUUUUAAAGCACAUUCAUGAUAAUAGAUCAUAUGUUAAAGCUCAGGAGUAUCCAUGGGAUGGGGGCUGUCAGAAAAGGGGUAAGAUGUUGAUUGCAUGGCUGCAGCCACUAUCUUGACUUUUUUUUGACUAUCACCAACUCCUGCCAAUGCUUUGAUAAAGGAUGAGCUAAAUGGAGAAGAAAUCCAUGUAGUUUGGCCCUAGGGCAUAAAUUUAUCACCCUCAAAGCAUUUGAUAUUUCGAGCAGUUAUUAAAGCAAGAUUGUUUUCUUGUAUGGCAAAUAAAGAGAAUGCCAUUAACAAGCAGGUGCCCUUACAUUUGGUACCAAAGAUUAUGCUGAUUUUGUAAUUGAUGAUGUACGUUUAUUUUCCUUGUAUUGACAGAAACAUGUGCAUUUAGUGCUAUCACUGUGUUGCUGUGCUGCUGAGGAAACUGCUUUCGAUCAUCUCUGUUUCCUGUUAACUUAGCUAGAUUCUGUUUGAAUGACAAAUUCCUUAACUUGGUUCUGUUUUUGAAUAUUGUAUUGAAUAUUGAAUAUUUUAAACAGAGCAAAACAGAUUCUUCUCCCUUCUUAAUUAGAAUAUGCCCAUAAUUUUCAUUAAUCUAAUUAGGAUAAUAGAAAUAAUGAAAAGAACAUUAAUACCUAGUUCAGAUGCUGUACUGGCAGUUUUCCCCACUAAUCAUUAGUUGCUAUACAAUAUAUUCAUUAUAGUGCUGGACAAUAUGCCUGUUUUUCUUGACUUAUAAUAUUCUGAUAAAUCGUAAAUGAAAAACCUCACUGCUAAGUUCCUUUGCCUUUCUCCUUUUUAGAAGCUUCUUUUUCUUGUACAAUUUUGAAGAAGUUCUGUUGCUGCCCUUUGCUCUGAAAGGUUUUAUAAAGAGAAUUAUUAGUGGAACCACUACCGUCAAGCAGGGUUGUAAAUGGAAUCGCUGCAAACCUUAGUAUUUGAAGCACAUUUAAAGAGUGAUGUCAAAAUUGCAACAGGGUGAACAAAGUACCAUUUCUUUGUCGCCUCAUUUAGCCCUAAUUUCUAAGUAAGAGCAAAAGGAGAAACACUGCUGAAAAGCAAACACAGAAUACACUUUAAUUGGAUUUUAUGAAAUAGAAUAUAUAAGGAAGAAUGGGCUGUUAAUGUCAUUUCCUCACCUUUGGAAAAAUCUUGAGCUCAUGCAAGAAACUUUCAGGCCCUAAGUUCUAUUUUCACUUGUUUCCUUUCUGCUUACCUAUCUGUGUACAAAAAAUAGAUGCCCACUGUGCUGCUUAAACAAUCCGCUUUAAGGUUUUACUUCAUUUCUAGAUUAAAACCUGCCUUAAUUAAGAUCAGCUAUUCAUCUCUUCCACUUACUAAUGAGUUGACAAGGCAUCACUGUCCCUUCAGAAGACCAAAAGAGAAACUUUGGUGGAUCAUUCUAAUAUUCUGUCUAGUCCAGUAUCCUGUUUUCCAUAACAAUCAGUGAAAUGUCUUUGGAUAGCUCAGACAUUUGUCUUCUCCCAUGAUGACUAUCCUAUAACUGUUAUUACUCUUCUUUUUGACUAAAGCAAAGAAGUUAUUUAAGCUUGGUAAAUUGGAUGAGAAUGGUAAACAAUUCACAGCAGUACAUUAUGCCAUUGUUGGUGUUACUGAACUUGAGUAGCACAUUUGUGAAAAAAGUAUACAUCACAAUACUAAGAAUUUAGCUGCUGCUUCUUUUUUCAUUAGAAAAAGUAUUUGAUUCCUGCAGUAUGUUUUAAUGGGUAGCUCUUUUCCUUUUCUUGUUCUAAAAGAACAGAACAAAACAAAACUUGUAGGCAUGAGUUGUAGUCCACUCAGUCCAGCACAAACUUUGGUUUCAGUGAGGCAUUUGGAAUGAGGUGAGCGAAUUACAUUCUUUCUUGUUCACUCACUAAAUAAGAUUGAUCUUCCUAACCAAAACAGUUCAAUUUGUAUUUAUGGUUAUUUGCAAACUCACUUGUUUUCAACACAGUAAG